CUUCCGACCUUUCCCGCCACUUUUGCCUCUUCCCAAUAUUUUUUUUACAAGUCACCCUUCCCAAUAUAUCUCCAUACACUCUCAAGUAUCUCCCUUCCCCUCCUCUACUCCUUGUCCUCGAAGCCGCAGUUCUGAAUAGAAAGAUGUUGUGGGUGGACAAGUACAGACCCAAGACCUUAGACCAGGUCAUGGUCCACCAAGUCAUUGCCCAAAACCUCAAGAAACUGGUCACGGAGCAGGACUGCCCGCAUUUGCUCUUCUACGGCCCACCCGGCUCCGGCAAAAAAACCCUAAUCAUGGCCCUUCUUCGUCAGAUGUUCGGCCCUGGCGCUGAGAAGGUGAAGGUGGAGAAUAAGACAUGGAAAGUUGAUGCUGGAAGUAGAACUCUUGAUAUAGAGCUUACUACAUUGUCAAGCACCAACCAUGUGGAGCUGAAUCCCAGCGAUGCGGGGUUUCAAGACAGAUAUAUAGUUCAGGAAAUAAUCAAAGAAAUAGCAAAAAAUAGACCUAUUGACACAAAAGGAAAGAAAGGCUUCAAAGUAUUAGUGCUGAAUGAGGUAGACAAACUUUCAAGAGAAGCUCAACAUUCACUCAGAAGAACUAUGGAGAAAUAUAGUUCUUAUUGCCGGCUGAUACUAUGCUGCAACAGUUCAUCAAAGGUUACUGAAGCAAUCCGAUCCCGCUGCUUGAAUGUUCAAAUAAAUGCACCAACAGAAGAAGAGAUUGCUAAGGUAUUAGAAUUUAUUGGGAACAAAGAAGGACUGCAACUUCCAUCUGGAUUUGCUGCUCGUAUAGCAGAAAAGUCAAAUCAAAGUCUAAGGAGAGCCAUAUUGUCAUUUGAGACUUGUCGUGUCCAACAGUAUCCUUUUACAAGCAAACAAGUAAUAUCCCCAAUGGAUUGGGAGGAGUAUGUUGCUGAAAUAGCAUCUGACAUAAUGAAGGAGCAGAGUCCUAAAAGGCUGUUUCAGGUUCGAGGGAAGUUGUAUGAGCUACUUGUUAAUUGUAUUCCUCCAGAGAUCAUCCUGAAGAGGCUGCUCUAUGAAUUGUUGAAGAAAUUGGAUGUGGAACUAAAACAUGAGGUUUGCCAUUGGGCUGCAUAUUAUGAACAUAGGAUGCGUCUUGGACAGAAAGCCAUAUUUCACAUUGAAGCAUUUGUGGCCAAAUUUAUGAGCAUCUACAAGUCUUUUCUCGUUGCAACGUUUGGCUAAGGACCGGCUUGCUUGCUUGCAAUGCUAAAAUAGGCAGAACAUACUGAAAUGGAUUUGUGUACUUGCUCCUUUUUUUUUUUAAUUUUAUCAUGGUACUGGAUGUCAUUGUACUU